AUGCCAGGUUCGCCAGGAUCCAAGACCGAGCCUCGGUCCCAAGAUGGAUCGGAAAAAGCGGAGGAUCCUCCAAAUCAAACUCUUUACGAAUCACAACCGCGGCGAGGCUCGUUCUGGAGAAAUUUACGGCGCUAUAUUUGGGAUGACCCGGACAAGCCGGCCUAUGAGAAAAAGUUCCUCUUGAAGCUUGACUUUUUUCUUUUGACUUACACUUGUCUGGGAUAUUUCUGUAAGAACCUGGACCAGGCCAAUAUCAGCAACGCUUAUGUAUCAGGGAUGAAAGAAGCCCUUCAGAUGCACGGAAAUCAGCUUACAUAUGCGUCAAACGUCUUUACCGCUGGGUAUGUCAUCUCACAGCUGCCCGCCGUCAUCCUCGUCACCAAGGUCCGGCCUUCAUACAUCAUCUCCACGUUGGAAAUCCUCUGGGCAGUCUUCACCUUCUGUGCGGCAUCCGUUAAGACAGUGCCUCAGCUCUACGCAAUUCGGUUCUUAGUCGGACUAUGUGAAGGGGCAUUUUUCCCGACCAUCAUCUAUCUCAUCGCAAGCUGGUAUACCAAGAGCGAGCGCGGCAAGCGCGUCACGUUAUUCUACUCCACUGCUACGCUCUCCCAGAUGUUCUCGGGGUAUCUUCAAGCUGGUGCUUAUGACGGCCUGGAUGGGAGGAUGGGUCGUGCUGGGUGGCAGUGGCUAUUUGUCAUUUGCGGCGUUAUCAGUCUACCCAUUGGUGUUCUGGGGUACUUCUUCAACCCCGACUUCCCCGAAAACACUCGAGCUUUCUACAUCAAGCCAGAAGAAGCCGAGUUCGCCCGGAAAAGGCUACUUGAUGAGGGCUACAAGCCACUGGGCGCAUCUGCAUGGAGCAAGAAGAAGAUAUUUCGCAUUGUGACCUGUUGGCAGUUCUGGGUAUUGUCAUUUGGCUACUUUUUCGUGCAGUCCAGCUUCCCAGUCCAACAACCAUUCUACGCCUUGUAUCUAAAGGCUACAGGGCACACAGUAUACCAGAUCAAUGUCGAAGAUGGCAAGCAAUCCUGGUCAUGCAAGGCGGGACUAUUUUCGGAUGCAUUGUUUUGGCAGUCUGGGAUGUCCCUCUUGGGCUGA